AGCAAAUUGCCCAUAUGGGCUUAGAAAAUACCUGGCACCGAAUGUUUACAAUUUCAGUAUUUUGGCUGUGAAAAUAUGAUAUGUUACAACAUUUCACAUUGCAAAACCAUUGUUUUUCAAUUUUUUGGUGCUGCUCUGGCUGUGGGUUAUGAAAGAAGAACAAAUAAAUUUUGUUCUAUUUGAAAAUUCUACAUUUGUAAUUCGGUGAAUAUAGGCUAGUUUUUAUUCGUAUCUUUGCAGUGCUUGCUGAAUGGAAGCCCCCAAUCUAUGAGAAUGAUAAGGGUAUAACAUUGUUUACAGCAACCACUCGCCGUAAUUCACCAAAUAAUUUGGAUUCAAAAAUUCACCACAACAACCUUCUCAAUAACAUUCUUGCCAAGAUAGAAGGGAAUAAUGCGAAUGCUGAUGAUGCUAUCAUGCUUGAUAAAGAUGGAUAUGUGUCAGAAACAAAUUCGACAAACAUUUUUCUAGUGAAAAGGGGCCGUGUAGCAACACCUCAUGCUGAUUGCUGUCUUCCUGGCAUAACACGGGCAGCGGUCAUGGACCUUGUAAUAAAAGAAGAGUUGGUUUUACAAGAGCGGCGUAUCAGUUUAUCAGAGUUCCAUACAGCAGAUGAGGCUUGGACUGUAGGAACUAUUGGAGAGCUCAGCCCAGUCGUUAAGAUUGAUGGUCGCAUAGUUGGUGAUGGCUGCGUGGGACCUGUGACUCGAAGAUUGCAAAGUGCUUUCAAAAAGCUAACAGCAGAGUCAGGGGUGCCUAUCCCCACUUAUUAACAAUGUUGCUGAGGUGUGCUAUCAAAGGACCAUUGGCCAAUCUUUGUGGAGACCAUUAUUUUGGAGAGAGUCUUAAUAGAGGUUGACGGCGAUUUAAAAAAGACUAUAACGGUAUCAAUUCUUGAGUUUGUUAUAAAGCUAAGUCGAAGGCCUAAAUAUGCACUCAUAUGCAUUUUUAGUUUAUGAAUCUUUGCCAAUUUGGAAUGAAAACUGUGUGAUUUUUUUCCUGGAACAUGGAAUACAAUUAGCAUGAGUGAUAAUCCUUUGUUUUGUUCUUGACAUUUUUAGUGAAGGACCAGUUUUCUUUUAUCACCAUUAGCUUUAUGCAUAUUUCAGAGCUUGAGAAAAUAAUUAAGCCUCUUCCUGGCA